UUAAGUCCUUAACAAAAUACUUUUCAUUAUGGCUCAAUCAAUGAGGUUCUUCAUGGUUAUUGUUCUCCUUGCUUUUGCACCAAUUUGUUUGUCUACUAAGACUUAUGGUGGUUAUCUAUUCCCACAAUUUUAUGACCGGUCAUGUCCCCAAGCUAAACAAAUAGUCAAGUCUAUUGUUGCCAAGGCCGUAGCCAAAGAGGCUCGAAUGGCUGCUUCUUUGCUGAGGCUGCAUUUCCACGAUUGCUUUGUCAAGGGGUGUGAUGCAUCUCUGCUUCUUGACAACAGUGGAAGCAUAAUUAGUGAGAAAAGAUCAAAUCCCAACAGGAAUUCAGUUCGUGGAUUUGAAGUCAUCGAUGAGAUUAAAAAGGCACUGGAGAAGGAGUGCCCUCAAACUGUAUCAUGUGCAGAUAUAUUGGCACUAGCUGCAAGGGAUUCAACAGUUUUAGCUGGUGGACCAAACUGGGAGGUACCAUUAGGAAGAAGAGACUCCAGAGGUGCCAGUUUAAGUGGCUCCAACUAUAAUAUCCCUGCUCCAAACAACACUUUUAAUACCAUUCUUACUAAAUUCAAGUUGAAGGGGCUUGAUAUUGUUGAUCUUGUAGCUUUAUCUGGGAGCCACACAAUUGGAAAUGCAAGAUGCACCAGCUUUAGGCAGAGACUUUACAAUCAGUCAGGAAACAGUUUACCAGACUAUACACUGGAACAAUCAUAUGCUGCCCAAUUGCGCGUUAGGUGUCCAAGAUCUGGUGGUGACCAAACCUUAUUUUUCUUGGAUUUCGUCUCCCCGAUAAAAUUUGACAAUAGCUACUUUAAGAACUUGUUGGCUUCAAAGGGACUAUUGAACUCAGAUCAAGUUCUUGUUACUAAGAAUCAAGAGUCACUAGCACUUGUGAAACAAUAUGCAGAGAACAAUGAGCUUUUCUUCGAGCAUUUCACAAAGUCUAUGGUUAAGAUGGGGAAUAUUUCACCUUUAACAGGUUUCAGGGGAGAAAUCAGGAAGAAUUGCAGGAAGAUCAACAAUUAA